CAUUUAGUUCUGGCAUGGGCCUACGUGUUCGGUGCUCCAGUGGUGUUUCCAGUGGCGGCCGUCUUCCAGACGACUUCUGUCUAUUUUUGUGUAGCCGCUGCCGUCGACUGCUUCAUAGGUGUUGUACUGCCCGAAUCGGUUCGGCAAUUGUACUGCACCUCACGGAGAGCAAAGAUGACAUGCAUGUGCAUUAUGGUCAUCUGCAUACUCUACAACGUUCCACACUUUUUCGAAUUGGAGAAGGUUGACUGUAUAGCGAAUGACGGCAGCCUUGGAACACAGAUCUGCCCGACAGAUAUUCGGCUAGAUCCUGCUUACUAUGCCAUCUACUACACCUACAUGUACACUACAUUCUUGGCCAUUGGCCCAUUGACAUUGCUGAUCCUUCUUAACAUCUGCGUCGUGUUCACGGUGCUCACCAAAAGAACCCCCGAAACCGACGAUUCUGAUACCAUAAGCCUGAUCCUUGUGGUGUUUUUCUUCAUAUUUUGUAACUUUACCGCUUUACUUGUCAAUUUCAUGGAGAUAAUUCUUAAUAAUCCCAAUAUUCUUGUGUAUUUUGUGGAUUUAUCGAAUUUACUGGUUGUAAUUAACGGGACAGCGAAUUUCUUCUGCUACUUGAUAUUUGGUGCCAGCUUUCGACUAACUCUCAAGAAGAUUUGUGCAGCUUCCGUAAGGAGAAACCAAAAAUGA